UCCACACAUUGGCACUUCCGGUUCCGGCUCACUUCCGGAUUCGCGUCAACAGUCACGUAGCAGUACCUCUCUGUCCCUGUGAGGGGGUGAGUUCAGCAUACCUGCGUUCAAGAUGCCAGCAGUCGGAAUACUGGUCAGAAGACCGGCGCCGGGACUCCCACAUUGCUCACUACGGUGACGCCAGAAUCACAACUGUAUUUGCAGGGUCAGAGUAAAAGUUGUAUUGCAGGUGUUUUUGCAGAAAGUGAAUGUAUAGUUUCCUGGCUUGAAUCUGUUUUUCUAGAUUACUACAAUAAAUUCACGUCCUGGAAUUUGAAAAGUCUGGGAACGUUAUUUGGUGUCAUAUGAAGCUUUUUCUUAUUCAUAUGUUGUUUUGCUAACAUAAAUCACACUACUCCUGUGGCUGCAUUAUUGCUGAUUUUUUGCAUAAACUUAUCUUAGUCAUUCUAGUAAACAUCCCAUUUUUUAUGAAUUCCUAGAACAAUAUAGUGUUCAUUUAUUUACUACAGUACCUUCCACUAUGCCUCUGUGGUUUGGCAAACAUCUUAUUAAGCCAACUGUCUCUUUCUUAAAGACUGAGCUGUCUUUUGCCAUCGUGAAUAGAAAACCAGUGGUACCAGGUCAUGUGCUAGUUUGUCCACUGCGGCCUGCAAAACGUUUCAGGGACUUAUUGCCUGAAGAAAUAAAUGACCUUUUUAACACAGUCCAGAGAGUUUCCAAUGUAGUGGAGACCCACUUUGGUGGCACUUCUCUUACCAUCUCAAUCCAGGAUGGUCCAGAGGCUGGACAGACUGUUCAUCAUGUUCAUGUGCACAUUCUCCCAAGAAGAGCAGAAGACUUUCAAAAGAAUGACAAGGUGUAUGAUAUCUUGCAAGACCAUGACAAAGAAGAGCAGGAAGGCCGAGAGAAAUGGAGACCUGAAGAAGAGAUGGAAAUGGAGGCUGAAGAACUCAGGAAAUAUUUCUAAGUCAGGAAAUUUUACGCCACUACUACAUAUCACUUUUGUUUGCUGCUGCUAUUUUCAGGUCUGUUAAAAAUGGAUAUAAAAUAAAGAUUUCUGACUAUUGAA